AUGUUGCACUCUUCUGACCCUUCCACCCAGCGCAUUGCCCGCCAGCAGCUCCGUCAAAUUGCAGAGGCCCGCUACAAGUUGGAUGUCGUGCUGUGGAAGGACCGUAAGGAAAAGCUGGGCGAGCUCCUUCUCAACAGUAAGCUGGGGGCGUCGGACCCAGCGCCGCCCAAGCGACGGAAUGCGGACAUUGGGUCGCUGUGGUUCGACGUCCGGGGUCACCUUCACCGCUUCGGCCUCAAAUUUGAGAUGGCGCCAGCGGUGGAGGAGACGGGGACGCCGGCCAAGAGGUUGCAGCUUCGCGUGCCCCACCACGACGGUUGCGCCUUCCUCUCGCGGCCCCGUGGUCUCUGGGAGAGCGACUACCGCUUUGCGGUGGGUGGUCGUCUCAACCAGCUGGAUACCCACAGUGUCUUGAAGCGCCGGCGUCUUCGGACGCACGACAAGUGUCGAUUCCCUGGCUGCUCAAGGACCGAGACGCUGGCACAUGUGUUGAAUCACUGUGCCGGCACCAUGGAUGCAGUCCGCACCCGCCACGACGACGCUCUGACGAUCAUUGAACGGGCGAUAGCGUCGUCGGCGGGUGAUCGGAAGGAAAGGGUUGAGCUGAGGGUUAACCAAACCGUACCCUCGCUCCCCGGACCUGCUCUGCGGCCGGACUUGCAGGUCUACAACCACACCACACGUUCGGUGUCGGUUGUAGAUCUGGCUGUGGCCUUUGAAGACCAAGCUACAGACGACCCGAGGACGUCGUCGCUCGCGCGGAUUGCUGCGCUCAAGCGCGCCAAGUACGACUGCGUCAAGCGCCAUCUCGAGCGUCAAGGUUGGACGGUUCACCUUUCGGCGCUCGUUUAUGGUUCGCUUGGUGCAGUCGCCGGUGGUAACCUUACGGUUUACACCGAGCAACUUGGCGUGCUGAAGCGCGAUGCGAAGCGGCUGGACAGGCACCUUUCUGCUGAGUGCAUUAAGUCCAGCCGCCGCAUAUGGAAUCUACAUUGCAGCCAACACCGCGCGAGGCAGCAGGGCCAAGGUGACGUUCAAGGUUCAAGUCGAGACCAAGUCCAAGGACGAAGACAUGGACGCUCAAGACGAGAUGCAAGGGGCAGUCGGGUGACGGAGACCGGGGGGACUCCGUCACAUCAAGGCCGCCGCUAG